AGGUGUGGUUGCGGAUGGAGAGACCAGAUAUCAAUGACAGCGCUAGAUCAGAAUGGCGUCAAGAGCUUCCCGUUCGCGCUUCAGGUACUCGGGAUCAGGAUGGUUGGAUUGGUUGGCUUGGUUCAGGGCGCCAUAUCCAUAACUCGCUUGGUAUAGAUCUUCGUCUAGAAGCCGUGACGACUCGGACUAUUGCAUUCAAGGCGUCAGUCAGUGGUUGUUCGCAGAGACGGGACUCUGGGCAACAUGCCCAGCCACCGCGAUAAACAGCUGAGUGAAAGCAGUGAGGAUAACCUCCCCCGCAGGGAAAAACACUAGGCAGGUCCAUUUUUCACUCACAUCAUGGCUAUCCCGGCGGUUAAUGCCCAGACACGAAGCGCAGAUGCCCAUUGACGAUCCGAUGCCUCAAAGAAAGCGCAAAAUGCAAGCGUGGGUGCAGCAAGUGGGACGCAGCACGUGUCGUUGGAGCGCGGCCUGGGGGGAGGAGCUCGAGAGAAUGAUAUCGGCGGAGAGAAUGCGUGCUUUAAAAACCACGAGAGUAUUGGGUUUGGCGAGAGAUUUGCGCAGAGACAGCCACCGGCAAAGCAGCACUGAGAAAAUUCACCGAGACGAAGAUGCUCGUCUGGGGGGCCGGAGGAGCAAGUCGGAGAUGGUCUGUGCGUGGUCGAUGACAUCUCCUUGCGAAGGGCAUCUCACCACUCACCCUGCCAUUUCCGUUGCUCUCAGAGACAAUGAGAUCCUACAUGUCCUACAAGGACCUGGAAUAGUCGCUUUUCGGCAUUUAAAGCGACCUUGGUGGCUUAUGAGCUAUAACAGAGACACAUAUAUCCAAAGAUUUCGAAUACCAGGUCACAGUCAUCACUAUGCCUAUCACUGUUAAAUAAUAGUACAGUUGAUCGGCUGUCAGGGGAAACCCCGCAAACAGGUCCCCCGAUCAAAACAACAUUACCCCUCUCGACCCCCUCACCAGA